CACACUGUUCGUAUAGAUUUGCAUGGGUUGUCAUUUCCACCCACUGCUAGGCACUCGCAAUCGUAGCGAUUGUGUUAGUUUCCGCAGAUAUGCUGUACAACCGUAUAAGGAUUAUUUUGCUGAUGUUCAGUUUUGCAUAUAGCGCCUACUUCGCAAAAGAAUGGCCCAUCAGAAUUGGCGAAGAACGAAUAUUUGGUAACGUUUCCGUUGUUCAACAUCCCGCGUUAAUUACCGCGGAUGUCGGUAAUGGAACCGCACCGAUUAAUGCAUCAUGUCCAGAAAUUGUUUCGCGUGCCGAGUGGAACGCCAGGGAUCCGGUGUAUAAUAACGAAACGGAGAGUAAAGUCUUUCUCAAACUCCCACUGCACAAUAUGGUGUACACGCAAACCUACACCGGUACCACGGCACACGGGACUUGUACCGAUCGGGAAUCCUGCAAGUUAAUCGUCAAAGCCAUACAGAAUGAUCAUAUGGGCUUCGGCACAUCCACGGAUAAAUUCGCCGAUAUUGGCUACCACUUCCUAAUUGGAGUAGACGGUUCGAUAUUCGAGGGCCGAGGAUGGCUCGUCAGAGCCGCCUACUAUAAACAGUACAACGACCAGGGAUUCGGCGUCGCCUUUCUUGGAACCUUUCCGUUAACUGGUACCAGCGUCGCACCCUUAACUUACGAAGCGAUCCUAUCAGCGCACCAGUUGUUGCGCUGCGCCAUUUCCCAGGCAUAUCUGAUCUCACCAAACUACACGCUAGUGUCGUUGCGGUUAAGCCCAACAGUUGGUCAAUACAUUGACAACCCAGAUAGUUUCCCGCAUGAUUCACCGACGGACGCUCCAGCACUUAAGCCAGCCGAAGUUGCUGCUAUAUCCAUUGGCUGUAGUAUCGCUUUGGCUUUUGGUAUCGCUCUAGCGAUCUCCAGCUGGAGGAAAGCCCGGAUUUCCACACUGCUCCCUGAUGAAGAGCCACUGGUGCCCACUACAGGCGACACUCCAGAAUAUCAGUCGCUUGAUCACGGACCUAUACAUCCCCGAUCUUUGGGGACUUCGACCGACGGAAGCGUGGACGCUUAUGAAACCCUUGGCAGCGACUGUCUGUACCGAUACUCACUAAGCGAAAAGAUUGGAGGCGGAUCAUUUGGUACCGUGUACAAGGCACGGAUUACGCACCGUGGAACCUAUAGUGGCCAAGAGGAAGCGGCAGUGAAAGUUCUACACAUUCAGAAUUUAGAUGAAAUGGAAAAUCCCACCGGACAGUUCGGAAAAUUCAAGGACAAAUGGAAGAUGCUGAUCGAAUUCAACUGUGAAAAUCUGGUAGCGUACCACAAAAUUACCAUUAGUCAAACAGAGACCGGAUCUUUCGUGGAGAUUCUAAUGGAUUACUGCAAUGGUCGCGAUAUGGAGCAGUUGUUAUCCAGAAUAAAAUCCAGUCAUACACUGUUAGAUCGAGCAACCGCACUGUGUUACGCACUGCAGAUUGUUAAUGGCGUGGAUUACUUACACCAGCGACAACUGAUGCACGGCGACUUGAAACCUGGCAACAUCUUCGUCAGGUACCAUACAGACCGGCAUUAUGCGGUAAUUAUCGGCGAUCUGGACUGUCUUGUGCAUAUGUCGCAUAAUACCAUUAGCGCCACUCAUCGGACUAAUAUUCUGGGGACAGCGAAAUACAUGUCACCCGAGCGCGUGCACUGGGAUUGUCAUGACGAGCUGCAGAUUCCCAGCCGCAAAGCGGAUAUCUGGAGUGUUGGUUGUAUUAUGCAUGAUUUGUUUGAUUAUUCCUGCGGAAUUUUCAUGCGAAUGUUUCACAAAGCCGGCUCACGGCCGGAAGAAUCCGAGACAUUCCUAGUGGAGAAGAACACGGAAGCCCAGGUCAUCAUUAUGAGGAUUAUGAACGGGUAUGUUCCGUUCGUCAGCAAAAUGCUGCCACCGGAAUUGUCCAGUGUGAUCAGUCGCUGCUUGAUUGUGGCCAGUAACGAGAGGCCUUCUGCCGCGGAACUGCAGAACAGUCUUCUGGCACUGCUGGGUCAUAUAACAACUCAUCGCGAUCCAGCUUUUGUCACCCAAAAGGACGUUAUACGGCACUGCGUAUGUGGAAAGCAGUUAUACCAAUCCGAAUAUGGAACUAGUUGGCCCAACAAAACUGUCGGUAAUGUUUCGGUCAUUCCAUAUGCUACGCUAGCUAUGACAGGAGCGAAUAAUGGAACGGUGCCGUCCAACGCAUCAUGCCCAGCGAUUGUUACGCGUGCUGAGUGGAACGCCAGGGAUCCGAUAUAUAGCAACGAAACGGAAACCAAGGUAUACCUGAAAUUUCCGCUGCCAAACAUGGUGUACACGCAGACGUACACCGGCACCUCGCUGCAUGGGACCUGUGCCGAUGUUGAAUCCUGCAAGUUUAUCGUCAAAACCAUACAGAACGAUCAUAUGGGCUUCGCGCCGGCAUCCACUAAUAAACUCGCCGACAUCUCCUACCAUUUUCUAAUUGGAAUAAACGGUUCAAUAUUCGAGGGCAGAGGAUGGUUCGUCGGAGGCGCUUACUACAAACCGUUCAAUGACCAGGGGUUUGGCGUCGCCUUCCUUGGAACCUUUCCACCAGCCGGUACCAGCGUCGCACCCUUGACUUACGAAGCGAUCCUAGCAGCGCAUCAGCUGUUGCGCUGUGCCAUUUCCCUGGGACAUCUGAUCUCGCCAAACUAUACGCUACUGUCGUUGCGUAUAACCCCAACCGUUGGCCGAUAUAUUGACAAUCCGGAUACGUUCCCGCACGAUUCACCGACCGACGCUCCAGCUCUUAAACCGGAAGAGACAAUUAUUAUAUCUUUUGGCUGUAGUGUAGCGCUGGCAUUGGGCAUUACCCUGGCGGUAUGCGGUUGGAGGAAAGCUCGCAUGUUCAGGCUGCAGCCUGACGAGGAACCACUGGCACCCGCCCUCGAACGCGCCAUGAACUAUCACUCACUUGACCAUGGACCGUUACAUCCGCGUACCAUGGGGAAUUUAACCGGCAAUGCCAUAAACGUUUAUGAAUCACUGGGCAGUGACUGUCUGUACCAGUACUCAUUGAGCGAAAAGAUUGGCGGCGGAUCGUUUGGUACUGUGUACAAGGCACGCAUCACGCACCGUGGAACCUAUACUGGCGACGAGGAAGCAGCCGUCAAAGUUCUGCAUAUCCACAAUACGGAUGACGUGAACAUCCCCACCGAAGAAUUCAGGAAAUUUAGAGACAAAUGGAAGAUGUUGCUUGACUUCAACUCUGAACAUUUGGUAGCGUACCACAAAAUUUCGAUUAGCGGAACGGAAACCGGGUCUUUCGUAGAGAUUCUAAUGGAUUACUGCAGUGGUCGCGAUUUGGAGCAGCUGCUAUCCAGAAUAAAAAUCAAUCAUACGCUCAUCGAACCGAGGAACCGUGCUGCGAUGCGGACUGCAGAUUGUUACGGGUGUGGAAUUCUUACACGAACGACAACUGAUGCACGGCGAUGCCGCAUAACACCAUUAGCGCCACCCAUCGGACCAAUAUUUUGGGAACCGCGAAAUACAUGUCACCAGAACGCGUGCACUGGGAUUGUCAUGGCGAGCUGCAGGUUCCCAGCCGGAAAGCCGAUAUUUGGAGUGUCGGUUGUUUCAUGCACGAUCUAUUCGAUCACUCAUGUGGAAUUUAUACGCGAAUGUUUCAUAAAGCCGGCUCGAGGCGCGAAGAACCGGAGACAUUUGUCGUAGAGAAGAAUACUGAAACCCAGGUCAUCAUCAUGAGGAUUAUGAACGGCUAUAUUCCGUUCGUCAGUCAAACGCUGCCACCGGAAUUAUGUAGUGUGAUCAGUCGGUGUCUGGUUGUCGCCAGUAACGAAAGGCCUUCGGCUUCCGAGUUAAGGGAAAGUCUACUGAUGCUGUUGGGACACAUAAUGACGCACCUAGAUCCAGCGUUCAUUAGUCAGAAGGAAGUUAUGCGUCCUUGUGUAUG